UUCAAGGAACAUAGCAGCUAACUUGGCUAAUCUUGUGAGCUAGCUAGUUAACUAGGUGGUCUUGCUGUCUAUGGUAUCUAGGCAGAAUCCUGACUUAUCAGCCUCUGAAGCUGCUAUUGAAUCUGAUCAAUUUCUAAGACUGAAAUUGAAUCUGAUCAGGAAUGGAGCUCACUUACUCUGUAAAUGUAAUCCACAACAUAUGAACUGUCUCUUAUAAUUAUACACAAAUCAGUUAUGCAAGCUAACAACCAGUACAGAUAACAAGCUAGUAUGCUAACAAGACUACAUAGCUAACUAGUUAGCUCGUUUGCUUACAAGACUAGCUGAGUUAGCUACAGUGUUACUUGCAUGCGAUUUGCUGUGUUCUUGGGUGCGGCACGCAGCGUAGGAGAAAGGGCUGCCUGUCGGGCAUCGUUCAGGGCUUAAAUGUCCACAAGCAUGGGUGUGUAGGGCAGACUAAACAUCCGAGAAUACAAAGAAAGAGGCAUCAUGGCCGAAAUAUCUCUGUAUCUCACCAACGUGAAUGUGUCUUUGGGCCAAACGAUGGACGUAGAGAAGAUCCCCAGCACAGGGAAGGACUUUGAGAGUGUCGAGCUGGGAGACCUGGAGAAGGGGGAUCAGAAAGAAGAGAAAGCCCCACGAAGGAUCAUCCAUUUCUCUAGCGGAGAAACCAUGGAAGAAUACAGUACAGACGAGGAGGAGGGGGAGGACAAGGAACCAGAGAAGAAGGACCUACUGUCCCCCCCUUUCGAUGCGGUGAGGAACAAGCUGACCUGGGGCCCGUACUUCUGGUUCCAUAUGUGGAGAGCAGCUACCUCCACUGUUUCAGCUUGUGACUACCUCGGGGAGAGGAUGGCCUCGCUCUUUGGAAUCACAUCGGCCAAAUACCAGUACGCCAUCGACGAGUAUUACAGGAUGAGGAAAGAGAAGGAGGAGGAAGAUGAGGACAACCGGUUAUCAGAGGAGGCGGAGCAAUACUUUGUUGAGAAUCAGGAUGAGGAGAUCCAUGGACCAAUGACGGAUCAGCCAGAGGGAACCGCUACCACCCCCCAUUCCACAGACACCUAUCAGGUUGAGAAAGAGGCCAAGGCCACGCCUACUGCCAUCAGGGUCCCAGCCAUUGUCACGACAACAACCUAACUAACUUCUGGAGAGAUGAUUAUGUUUUUUCCAUGUUUGUUUUGUUUUAAUUUGUCAAGGAGGCGGAGGCGCUCUGGGGUCUGUCUCUCUGAUAGUGCUGAACGAUUAACUGAAAUUUUGUGUGCACAUUGCACAGUUUCUCUAGAGAUAAAUCAGAUCCAGACUGAACUGUGCGAUGUAGUACGGCGUUGUAGUUUCCAACAGGCCAAUAUUCUACAUAGUUUAGCGUGUAAAAUGUGGUAAUUAACUAUAAUACCCAUAAUCCAUUGCGCAUGUACUUGUCCAGUCUGUUUCUUUUACUGCUUCUACGGAAGAGAGAAGAAUGCGAGAUUGUGAGGUGAUCUAGAGAGCAGCUGUUGCUUUGCGGGGUAUCUACUUGAAAAUACAUGAUCUAAGUGAUUGAUAUUGGUAGGAAUCACUUGGUAUUCAGCCGUCAAAAGUAUGCCUUAUUUACAUUUUAAGAACUACAUUAUUAAAUAGGGAUUUUGUCAAGCAGCAGCUCUAUAGAUAUGACUUGGAAUUGAAUAUAAAUUAAUCAAAUAAAACAAAUGUAAUAUACACAACUGAAAUAUUUGAUUAAAGUCACGUGAAUUAAAUGAUGGUUAAUAAGUGAUGGGCCGUCACUACCAUCAUGGGACUUUUAUUAAUAGUUGUAUUCUGUGGUACAGCAUUCAACCCACAUAAUGCAUAUUGCAUUUAAUGUUUGCAAAAAUUAUUGAAACUGAAAUUGAAAACCAUAAUUAUUUUUUAACGAUCGAACCGAAACAGAACCGACCUCAAAAAACACUAAUCGCUCAGCACUACUCUCUGAGCUCCCAUUUGGUUGUGGAUAUGAAGGAGCCAUCUAUAAACCUGGGAGUCAGACCUGCUACUGCUUUAGCCCACGCCUCUGUCAUGUCAUUAAUACCAGACUACAAAGAAUUAUGACAACAAACCGUGAAGGACGAUGACAGAGUAGUGACAAAGAAGUUAGUCGGUUGAAGCAGAAGCUGAUCCGACUACCAGGGCUAGCCUUCAGUGAUCCGACUACCAGGGCUAGCCUUCAGUGAUCCGACUACCAGGCCUAGCCUUCAGUGAUCCGACUACCAGGCCUAGCCUUCAGUGAUCCGACUACCAGGGCUAUCCUUCAGUGAUCCGACUACCAGGGCUAGCCUUCAGUGAUCCGACUACCAGGCCUAGCCUUCAGUGAUCCGACUACCAGGCCUAGCCUUCAGUGAUCCGACUACCAGGCCUAGCCUUCAGUGAUCCGACUACCAGGCCUAGCCUUCAGUGAUCCGACUACCAGGGCUAGCAUUCAGUGAUCCGACUACCAGGGCUAGCCUUCAGUGAUCCGACUACCAGGGCUAGCCUUCAGUGGGCAGUGCCACUGUCCUUUCUGUAGUCCUAUAGUACAGGCACAGUGUGGUACGGUAGUAGUACUGUGUCGUUUAACUAUGUGUCUCCAGUGGCCUUACCCCCAACUGGAGGCUGGUCCUAACAUUCCAACCUCGUGUCUAUCUAUCUGGUGCCUCUGAAGGGCUGUGUUUUUUUUACCUAAACCACAGAGCCAAGUAGUAGCCUAAACCUUAAUGCACUCGAACACAGGAAGCCUUCCUCCUUUAUACACUACUACUAGCAUGCCACUCACUUUGUUUUAAUUUAGACAACAUUUGUUGAAAUACUUUGUUGAGCACUGACCUAAACAUGGUGUGUUGUUCCCCUGUGUAGCAUUACUGGCUUGUGGUCACUUGGUGACUUGUAAUUUGGAACGUCUUUUCAGGCUGUUGGUGUAGCUGAGAUUUUGUAAAGGCAGUAUAAUCUGUCAUAUUUGUUUUUACUAGUCCAUUGGCCUAAUGCACAGUUGCCCUUGUUGUAAAGGAACUUUAUGUUAAACUUUUAUUUUGAUAUUCACAUAUUUAUUAUUAUUUUUGUAUUUUCUGAGCACUUUUUUACAACGUACUUUAUGUAACAACACCUUGAUAAACUGUUAAUAAAUAUACUUAACUAUGCUUUAA